GGUGACGUCACGCGGGUCGGAGUGAACCAGACAGGGGGACAAGAAUGAGGGCGAGCGGGUGAUGAGAGUGUGCGGCCGCUGGGUGAACUGGCGACCUCUCCUUCCCACAACCACUUCCUCUAAUGAGUUCCAGCAACUCGCAACUUCUAGAAACUGAAGAAUGAAGUUGAAUGAAAGAAGUGUGGCAUACUAUGCCACCUGUGAUUCUCCAACCGAUAAGACUGGAUACUUGCAUAAAAAGGGAGAACGAAACACUGCUUAUCACAGGCGUUGGUUUGUUUUGAAGGGUAAUCUGUUUUUUUACUUUGAAGAUAAGGAGAGCAAAGAGCCAAUUGGAGUAAUCAUACUGGAGGGAUGCACAGUGGAAUUGUGCGAAUCUUCAGAGGAGCAUGCUUUCGCAAUCAAGUUUGAUAGUGUUAAAUCGAGGACAUAUAAAAUGGCUGCUGAGAGCCCAACAGAAAUGGAAGCUUGGGUUAAAGCUUUAUCCCGUGCAAGCUUUGACUACAUGAGAAUAGUUGUGAGGGAACUUGAAAAGCAAUUGGAAGAGAUGCUGCAAAACAAAGCCAGCAGCCGUAAGGGCCAGAGAAAACCACUUCUGCGAAAACACCAAAUCAACCCUUCUAGUUCACCACAAGUCUCAAAUAGUUGCGCUGUACCUCAUGGUACUUAUAAAGAAAAUGGCUAUGCCCCCUGGAGUACUACAGCAGACCAAAUGCUUGAACUGGAAUUAAAUGGCAAAGCUCAUGCUGUUAGUGAUAAUAGUGACAUUGCAAAAUAUUUCCCAGAUCAGAUGCCUGAAAGACCACCACACACCCAACGCUUGCCACCCCCUUUGCCCCCUAGGAGGAAAUCAGGAACAGGAGGGGUAAUGCCUGGCAGUGGUAGUGUGAUGACCACCCAUGAUCAUGCUGCAUCAGCAGCAGGAACCUACAGCUUUAGCAGAUUGCACGAAUGGUUUGGCCGGGAUGUGAUACAGCUGCAAAGACAAUGGCAAGAGCACAAGAUCAGAAACGAUGGCGGAUCACAGCCAGAUCAGAUAAUCUGAAUAUGUCUUGCACAGUUUCUUCAAAAGGACAGUUUCAAAUCCAAUUCAAUCUCUUUGAAUUCAUGUUCUACGCAUUUGGUGCUUUCCAGAAAUAUACAAAUGGUAUUCUGCAUCUCUGUUUUAAUUAGUGUUAUAAUCUGGCUGGAUCCAGCAAAAUGAAUUACUUAAUAUAUUUCAGUGUGCAUUGGCCACUGUUGUACAGCAUUUGCUAUUUUUCUCCUCUUAACUUCAGCAUCUAUGGCAGUGAAAUGAAAUGCACACAGAAAUUAAAAUAAUUACUAUCAGAACUUUUUUUUAAGUGGGCUUAUAAGCUGCGAUGCAGGGGUAAAUCGAGCGCACCUGAAGAUUUAAGCGUGGCACAUGGUAAAUGCUGCUUUCAACCGGGAAAUUAGGAUAAAUAACCAGGUACGGAGUGUAGGAGUUGGCAAUCAACCAAGCUUCUAUAGUUUACAUUGAUUUUUGCAAGCACAAAUCUUGAAGUCUGCUGUCUACUUUUAUUUGGAUAGUCUAACGAUAUUCACAAACCCGCAUUACAGAAACGUUAGGGGUGAGGAGGGGUGUGGAAAGAGACACUAAUCUCAGGACUUUCUUCCCUUUCCAUCAUUGUGCUCCCAGUUAUUGUAGGUUCUGUUCCAUUAACCAUUUCCCCCUCCCCCCUCAAGCCUAACCCUUGCUUAUUGAAUGCAUUCUAAACAUAGAACCUGCAGCUUAUCAGUAGUGCAGUACUGCUUAUGCAGUGACUUGCAUUGCCACAACUAAGGGUUCUGUGUGACCAGCUGAAGUAGUAACAGACUGUUUACAAGUUUAUCAAACACUAAAUAUAACGUACACUAUUCAUUUCUGAACACUCAACAACACAAAUGCUUUGCUGUUUUAUAUUGUCAGAAAAUAUGUCCCAGCCAAACUGCACUAUACAAACAAAUUGUACUUGGAAAAAUAAUCCAUUUUCUUUAAUAAUAAUGCUUCCUUCUGCAACUGCACACUUGGUGAGACAUAUGAAUAUAGUGCAAGAAGUACUCUGUAGUUGGGGUUGUUCAUUCUAGUUGUGCUGUCUGUGGGUGAGUUGUAGCUGAGCUUAGUUCAGCUAAAUCGAAGUUGUGCAUAUGGAGAAGUGGGAGAAAGAGUUCCAACUUCAGAUUUUAAUUAAUGAUUGUGGUUAGAAAUCUGAUUGUUGGACAAAGAUAGAAUUAUACUGAACUUGAUCACUUUCACAUCUAUUGGCCCCAUCGCCCAGGGAAAAAAUACUAAAUCUUAAUAUUGCUAAAAGCAUUGUUUAAGUAGAUAUUGGAGUAAGUAUAAAGAGAGGUGUUACUGAACAUCCUAAAAGGCAUCUUUCACAUUGCUGUGACAAUAAGGCCAGGUUAUGUGAAGAUACAUAAUGUGAAGGACAAAUAAUUAUUGGUACUUUAAAUGUAAACUUUUAAGUAAAAUGUGAAAUGCCACUAAUACAACUUUGUGCCUGCAAGAAAAUACUCUCUUUUACAAUUUGAUGUAACAAUGCAAUCAAUACCAUUGAAUGCAAACAUCACAAGAUCUGGCACGUGGCAAGUGAAAUCCCUUCCUAUUUCAAACAAGAUCUAGCAUUAGAGUCAAAUCAAUCCCCCCACCCCCCGCCCCCAGUCAGUAUUUAAUGCUUUUAGUGUAAUGUUAAUUCAACUUUUGGAAAGAUUAGUUUUAUUUAUCACAGGUACGUCAAAACAAAGUGAAAUAUAUUGCUUGUGUCAAAUCAAAUCAGCAUGGAUUGCCUGCAAGUGCUGCCGUGCUUCCCCGCCAAUGUAUGCCUACGUCUUACUAACCCUAACCAGUACAUCUUUGGAAGUGGGAGGAAGCCCACACAGUCUCAGGAAGAACAUACAAAUUCCUUGCAGGCAGCGGUGGGAAUUGAACCGAAAUCACUGGCACAGUAAAGUGACAGCUAUGCUACUGUGCCACCCCAUAUAUGCUUUAGUUAUGAUGCUUAUAAUCAUUUUAAAUGAGUUCCCCUUCUCAGCAACCACAAAUCAAUGCAUUAUCCAUGUUUAUAUGUUUCAUUCCUUUCUUGCUUUGCUAGUUUUCAGAACAAAGAUCAUGAGAUGCUGUACUUUUAACUGAAAAUUCACGAUUUCAAAAAUGUGUUGGAGUCAUUAGUUGUGUAACAGUAUUGGGGGUGUUGUCAAUUGUAUUUAGUAUUUUUCAUUUUAGCUUGUGUUGACGCAUUUCUGUUUGCUUGUUACUUCAUUUCUAGCUUGCAAAAUUUUACAAAUCUAAUACUUUAAUGCUGCAGUCUAUUGUGGUUAGCACCUGAAAUAAACUACGUCAGGUGCAGGAGAGAGCUUACUGUGGCCAUACACAGAAUCUGAAUCUACUAAUAUGCCAAGGAGUUUAAUUAAUGAUUUUUGCAUGAGACCAUGAAGUGAUGAUAAAGAAAAACGGAUAGAGCUAAGGGAAGAGUCUAAAUGGUUUAAUGAUGCCAUUCUGUAGGAUUAACGAUAGCUUUUAAGAUCAGGACUGUUUUCCUAAAUCUUUGUGCAGAAAAGAAGCAUUUUUGUAAUAAUUCUGAAAGUAAUUACAGAGAUGUGCCAGGAGCUGUUAGUGAAUUAAUGGAAGAUUAGUAAUUGCACUUUCCGGUCUUUCAGUGUAGACUUCACUUCAUAUCAGAUAACAAUAAUACACAAAACACUAAUAUAUGAAUAUCUUCAAGUAUUUAUUAGUAAUAAUGAACACUAAUAAUAAACAAACAUUACCUUUAAACACAAAAAGAUGCUUUUUUUUAACAGCAGUACUUUUCCUCCAGACUGCAGUUAUCCUUUCAGUAGUUGCUUCAAGUAUCACAUAAUUUUCAAAAAUAUUUUUACAUAAUUAUGCAUUACAUGUUGUUUUAAAAAAGCAAUUUUACAAGUUUAAGUUUGAAAAGAUGGUCCCCUGAUUUCUUGAUUAUUGUGGAAAAUUUUAACAUAUGCCAUUCCUGGUUAAUCCAUUAAUGUAGUAAAUCAUUUUUUAAAUGAGCAAACUGACUUAAAAAUUAGAGUAUUUAAUUUACUUACCUAAUUUUUAAAAUAUUUUUGAUUGCAUGAGUUAAUUUUCAGAAGCUAUUAUUUUGUACUAAUUAAUUAAUUGCCAUACAUAAACACUUGUGUUUAGGGCUUUCAAAGCACACAAAAUCAACUGCGGUAAAAUAGAAUAUGCCGCAAAAUAAUAUUGUCCAAAAGCAAUUGCUGAAUAAGAACAGCAUUGAUGCAACAUUAGUUACAUUAGUCAUAUAUAUUACAGGCCACUCUGGGUAUAUGUAAAGUGCAGGUACACACUCAGGGUAGUGAAGAUGAUUGCUGUAUUUUCUCUGCCCUGAGACCAUACAAUAUCAUUAUAUGGUAUAAAGUCGGGUUGCACAAAAGAGAAAUCUAGAUUCAGAAAUAAAGAGUUAACACAUUCUACCUGUGAUAUCUUGGGCAUCCCCAAGUGCUUUGUUUUCCCCCUUCACAUCUCUUGAUGAUUUGUAGGAUAAAUAUAAGUGGCUAUUAUUGUAAAUUGCCCCUAUUUGGACAGAGAGUUGAUUGGUAUUUGAGAAAGAAUAGAUUGCAUUGGAAAUAAAGAAAGGGAAUGAGAUUGAAAGGAUUGCUCUGAGAAAUGGCAUAGACUAGAUGGUCUAAUGGCCUUCAGUGUCAAUAGGACACACAGCUUUGAAAGCAUAUUCAUGGAACUGUAAAUGUAGCUCAUGUGAUUUCCUAAAGGUAUACUGUCACUCUGUAACUAAAGAAAUUAAAUAGUCAUCGAGGUAUACACAUCUUACAACAUUACCAAAAAGAUGUGUCACAAUCAUAUGACAUGCCAAUAGUAGCAUUAGAGAAAAUCAAAUAGCUGCUGGAGGAACUCAGUGGGUUGAACAGUAUCUAAGGAGGGAAAGAAAUUGUCCGUAUUUGAGAUUGAGACCCUGCAUCAGUUCUGGGAGUGGAGAGAGAAGCUAACCAUUAUGAAGAGGAGCAGGGGUGAGAUGGGCCAGUUUGUGAUAGGUGGACUUGCCCUUUCCCUUUGGAGAUGUUGCUCAAACCACUGAGGUCCUCCAACAGUUUGUCUCUUUUUAUUCCAGAUUCCAGCAUCUGCAUGCUCCUUACUCUCCAGUAGCAUUAAGAUCACAUAAUGGUCUUUCUCUAAAAUUUGUACUUAACUAAUGAAUUCCCAAUUAGAUUCAAGCUAUUCAGUGUUAACAUUUUAAUCAAUGCACUUCAGUUUAGAUCCAUGUAAUUAUUUGUACAAAUCUGGGUUUGCCUGUGUACUUUGUUUUAAAAGUACUUUUGAAUGUGCCUGAAGGAAACAACUCCAUGAAUAAAUACAACCAUUAUAAUCAAAAACUCCAAUAACCUUAAAACAUACAAACAUUUUGCAGAAGACACUCCUUUCAUACAGUUAUAAUCCGUAUGGCAUUAUAAUAAAAGUACUCUGUUUAUAUCGUGGGAAGUUUUAGUAAAUGUAAAUAUCUCAAUUUGAGUUGCUUCAGUCAGUGACUGGAAAAACAUUAAUAUUUUUUAUUUUUGGAAAUCAAAUUCCUGAAUGUAAUACUGUCUGACAGAAUUACUGUUACAUCUUUUAGAAUAAAGUCUUUGUGGAUCAUCCCACCUUCAAUGGUAGUGGGAAAAAUGUAAAGCAAAAUCAAUGACAGCGAUUUUACUUGAUUUAAUAAUGUAAAUAUCAUCCUAAUUUUUUAUAUUUGUUUUUUUGUGGGAACUAUCAAAAUUAAGUGUAUUUGUUGAACUUUCUUAGUGGCCUGAAAAUGUUAGUGGUCUUUUGAAAGAUUAGAUCUUUUAUGAUACUGAUUGUAUAAUAUGAAAGUCCAUGCAUAAAUGUGCCAUACAAAUGUUUUGUGCUUUUUUGAAGAAUUACUAUGUUCUCUUAUUACAUUUGGAAUCAUUUCCAAAAUGUAAAGAUACUUAACUUUUUACAAAAUGGAUAGUAUUCAUUUAAUGUAGAUCUUUUUUCCAAUUUUAUCCAAAAUGUAUGUAUUUUUGUAAUUACACUUUCAGUUUGCAUGGAAUAUUCAUCAUCUCGAUGUAUUGGUUACUGCAUGAUUGCAUGAACAAUCAAUCUAUAAUUUAGCUUAUAGUAUUGAGAAUCAAAUAUUCUAUUUACUGGUCAUUUAUACCACAGUAAAUGAACUGAGAAAUGAAUGCAUUUGUGUUUCAUUUGUCCAAAAUUAACAGCUUUAGAGAUGUCUUGUUAUAAAAUAAAUUGUAAAGUACAGAAUAUGUGUGA